CCUGUUGCAGCUACAGACAGCAGAGCUGUGAAAUCAAAGGCAAAACACACAGAGGGAGAGGGAGAGAGAGAGAGAGAUCGAGUGAGUGGAAGUGUGAAAAUGGGGAGGAGGAAGGGAGUUGUGGACUUCGACGAGUCGCCGCCGGAUGACUUCGAUCCGGCGAAUCCGUACAAGGACCCGGUGGCGAUGCUGGAGAUGAGGGAGCACAUAGUGCGAGAGAAGUGGAUCGACAUAGAGAAGGCCAAGAUCAUCAGAGAGAAACUCCGCUGGUGCUACCGCAUCGAAGGCAUCAACCACCUCCAGAAGUGCCGCCACCUCGUCCAGCAGUACCUCGAGUCGACUCGCGGCAUCGGUUGGGGCAAGGACCAUCGUCCUCAUGAGUUCCAUGGUCCCAAGGUGGAGGCUGUUGAGGCCGACUGAUCCUCACUUCUUUGAGGUGAGUAAGUUUGGCGUGUGAGGAAAUGCUUAAAUUGGAGGGAAGUUGGGGAUCACAUACAUCACGAUUUGGUUGCAUUGUUGAUAUUCAGUUCUGUCUUAUCUAGACUUUGUCAUACCAGUAUUCUCUUUUCUUUCGUGUUACAGAUGAAGGCCAGAUUUCAGGCAUCGACUGUUGACUAGAUUAUCUUGGUUGUUAGCUUCCAAAAAGUGAAGGUGAUUUGCACUGGGCCUGUGCCUAGAUGAAAAAAUAAAUUUCUUGUCUUUGGUUAUGCAUCAGAAAUGUUUUGCGUUGCUAAAUUGAUAAGGAAAAACAGUUGUUAACUUUGCAAUGCAUUUGCUUAAAGGGAAUGGUGAAUGGAGCUUUAGUUAUUGUAGCAUA